AAUAUCAAAACAAAAAUUUCCCUUUCUAAUUUUCCCUCAUUUUCUCUCUUCCAAACACCCCGCCUUCUUCUUUUCUCUGACACAUCUCUGCUAAGAUUUGUCUCUUUUUACUUAAAAGCUGUUCGCCUUUAAGAAUCUUUCUCUCUCUAAGAUACCCACCAAAGAUCUUUCUUUUUUCACUGUGAUCAUGCUUCAAAGCUUAAUUCCUCAAUCCCCUAUCAAUUCCACAAACCCCAACAAUUCUUCUUCCUCCCCCAUGAAAUCCAAGCGUGCCGCCGCAGACCUCACUGUCGGCGAGUCCUCCGGUGAUGACCCUUCAUCCAAACGGGUCAGUUAUGAAAAUCCCACCACGGAAAUCGUCUCCUCAACCAAUUUAGUCGAAGGCGGAGGAGGAGACGACGGGGGUGAGUCUAGUGGGCUCAGGUUGCUUGGGCUCUUGCUGCAAUGUGCGGAGUGUGUUGCGAUGGAUAAUCUAAAUGGCGCGACGGACUUGUUGCCUGAGAUUGCGGAGCUGUCGACGCCGUUUGGAUCUUCGCCGGAGAGAGUGGGAGCGUACUUUGCACAUGCUUUGCAGGUGCGGGUGGUUAGUUCUAUCCUCGGUACUUACUCACCACUCGUGUCAAAAUCAGUAACGCGAACUCAGUCACAGAAAUUAUUCAAUGCUUUGCAGUCAUAUAAUUCAAUCAGUCCUCUGGUCAAAUUCUCUCAUUUCACAGCUAAUCAAGCGAUUUUCCAAGCAUUGGACGGCGAAGAUCGUGUCCACGUCAUCGAUUUGGAUAUAAUGCAAGGACUUCAAUGGCCAGGGUUGUUUCAUAUCUUAGCUUCCAGGCCUAGAAAGAUCCGGUCCAUGAGAAUUACCGGGUUUGGAUCCUCAUACGAAUUGCUCGAGUCAACCGGGAGGCGACUUGCAGAUUUUGCCAGUUCACUCGGGCUCCCGUUUGAGUUUCACCCCUUGGAGGGUAAAAUUGGGAAUGUGACGGGUUUGAGUCAACUCGGGGUGAGGCCGAGAGAGGCUAUUGUAGUGCAUUGGAUGCAUCAUUGUUUGUAUGAUGUAACUGGGAGUGAUCUAGGGACGUUGAAAUUGUUGGCUUUGUUAAGGCCGAAAUUGAUCACGACCGUUGAACAAGAUUUAAGUCAUGGGGGGGGUUUUUUAGGGAGGUUUGUUGAGGCAUUGCAUUAUUAUAGUGCCUUGUUUGAUGCUCUUGGGGACGGAUUGGGUGUGGAUAGUGUAGAGAGGCAUAUGGUGGAGCAGCAACUGUUUGGGUGUGAGAUAAGGAAUAUUGUUGCUGUCGGCGGUCCUAAGAGGACCGGUGAGGUUAAGGUUGAGAGAUGGGGUGACGAGCUGAGACGGUCUGGGUUUCGACCCGUUUCGCUCCAGGGUAACCCGGCCGCUCAAGCUGGUUUGUUGCUCGGGAUGUUUCCAUGGAAAGGGUAUACUUUGGUUGAAGAAAAUGGGUGCUUGAAAUUGGGGUGGAAGGAUUUGUCCUUGUUGACCGCCUCUGCAUGGCAACCGUCAGAUUGAAUUACUUUGUUGUAGUCAAUGAGACCGGAUCAUCCUAUUUAAUUGGAGUCAAAUGCCACAAACGUGAAGAAUUUGUGGUGAGAGAGACUAUAGAAUGAUGACGAUGGCAUUGGAUCAACGGUAACGGGGGAUCUUCUCUUAUUGUAAUAAUGGACAAGAAGUGUUUUGCUUCCUUCUGAGACUACCUUAAUUUAGGAAGGUUUUUAUUUGAAA